UUUGAUUGAAAGACCCAUGAAAAUUGCAUAAUCAUACACCAAAUUGAUGGUAAAGUAAAAGCUAGCUUUUAUGUCAUGAAGAAACAAAACAGGAAGUACAUUUGCAAGAAAAAACCUUGGCGUAAAUGAUGACAGAAGCACGACAAAAGAAAAUGGAAGACAGCGAGUCAGAUGAGGAGUUUGUCGAUGCUUGUGAAACUUUUGAACAUGGUCUAGCUGCCAUUUCUAACCCAGACUUGCUCAAAAAAGAUGUGGAUAAAUCUCCAGUUAAGAAAGACAUUGAUAUAGCAUCAAAUGAACAAUAUAAGGCUGGUUGCACAACAAGGACUUCAGAUAUGCAUGUGCCAAAUGAAAAUACAUCAAACAGUGUUGAACAAACACACAAUGAUGCUCCAAAUAAUGACAAAGAUGAAAUUGAAGUAAAAACCAAUGACAGUCAAAUAAGUGAUGAUAAAAAUAGACCUAGUGAUAAUACUAAAGAAAACCAUUCUAGUGAUGAGGAUAAUGAUGGUGACAAUGAAGUAUAUGAUGAGGAUGAUGAAGAGGAUGCAACUGAAUCUGACUGUGAAAAGUUACUUCAUGAAGCACUCAAUGAAGAUAUACAAACAAAUCCUAACAAACCAGAUGAAGAUAAGGAAGAGGAGGUUCAAAUUGACAAAUACCUUAUUGAUGAAGAUAAUUUGAAGGUUAUGGAAGUGAAUAUGAGUGAUGAUGAAAAACAGGAGCGGCAAAAAGAGGCCCAACAGCUGAAGAAAACGGGGAAUGAAAAGUUCAGGGAUGGCCUACAAGUCGAUGCAGCCAAUUUCUACACACAGGCUUUACAAAUCUGUCCAUUGUGUUUUGCGAAAGACCGUGCAAUAAUGUAUUCCAACCGUGCAGCUUGCAGAAUGAAGCUGGAUGAUGACAAGGGUGCCAUAGAAGACUGCAGUAAGGCGGUGGAACUGAACUCAGUUUAUCUUAAAGCUAUUCUUAGAAGAGCAGAACUUUACGAGAAAACAGAUAAAUUAGAUGAAGCAUUGGGAGAUUAUCAACGUUUAUUGGAGCUUGAUCCCACAAUGCAUGUCGCACGAUCAGCCUGCAUGCGUCUUCCAGAUCAAAUAAAAGAAAGAAAUGAAAAAUUGAAGGCUGAAAUGAUGGGCAAGCUAAAAGAUUUGGGUAACAUGGUACUGAAACCAUUUGGACUUUCCACCAAUAACUUCAAUCUGGUGCAGGAUCCAAAUACAGGAGGAUAUUCUGUAAACUUCAACAACAAUGGAAAAUAGAGAGAAAAACAGACAUACAUUAUAAAACCACUAUUAUCAAGUUGUCAUUUGGCUGUCCAGAGUGGCAAGGAGGAUACUUUGUCAACUUCAACAAUAGAAAAAAUAGACAACAUUAUAAAACAAUUGUAAACGUGUCAUCAUGCAGUAGUCAUUUGGAGUCUGGAGUCCUAAGGAGGAUAUUGUGUCAAUUUCAAUAUUACUAGAAAUUAAGUGUUGUGGAGAUGAUUAUAAGAUUCAAGUAGUCAAGCUUACUACAUUAUAUUCAUUAUCACACUAUCGGUGGCACUAGUAGGAUGUAAUUGUUGUAAUGUAGGCAUGAUCAUGUGUCAUUACACAUGUUGGAUAGUACGAAAUCUGGCCCGUAGCCAGGGGGCCAAAAAUUAUUUCCAUAAUGGUCAAUUGGAAUUUUUUAAGAAUGAAUAAUUCUUGGCUUAAGGCCCUUAACAAAUUCAUGAGCGAUUCAAACAUUGACUCAAGCGUGUAUCCUCUGGAUUCAUGCAUUACAAAGAUGUCACUACUAGUCAUUUGGCUCAGACAGUGAAGUAAUCCAAUUCUCCCAUAUAAAGCAAAAGUAGGAGCCAGGUAAAAUGGUGUAAAUAAAUUACCUAUAUAGAAUAGAUAUCACAUGAGUAUUAUUCAGAUGAAUUGCAUUUUUCUCUUGUCCGUAAUUUGUUGAUGGUUGGAAGGAGACAUGGACGGAGGGACAGACAGGCAAGUUGUUGAUUCAGUAGGUUUGUCAUGUGAACCAAAAAGCAUACAUACUUUUCAAUUCUGGUGAUGAACCUUUUUUGCUUUUCAUAACAUUGAAAUAAUAUUUCUUUUUCAGAGGGUUUUUGUUUUUCAAAGAUUCAAUAAAUGGUCUUAUCCAUUUUAGAAAAUACAAUGUACAUGUAGUUUUGAAAAUGGG